GACUCGCGAACGAGCCUGUGCUGUCGAGAGCGCGCGCAGCAAUCAUGCCUCAUUCCUCGCUGGUCUCACCAUUGUCAGAAAACAGAAGAAGGAAUUCGUCUUUUACCGAAAGUCUCGCAUUAUUUUAGCGCUUCGUGGUGAAUCUUCGUAUACAAACACGUCGAUAAUUAGUUGCCCCCUCCAGUUAAUGAGUCAAAGAGGGCAACAAGACACAAGAGGGGUCCAGCUGUGUUGAUGUGUGUCGGACUCGGAGCUCAUCCUUCAUCUCGCAGGUAUAGUCCCUUUAACUUGAUGCCGGGGAUAUAAACGCUGGGAAGCCGCUCUAACGGAACCGAACUGAUGUGACUCAACGAGACUGUCUUCAUUCCCUGGAACAAUGAGCAACUAGGAGCCGAAACGUGCAAGAAAGGCCUCAGGCUUGUGAUGGAACUGGCCCGGCUCUUCAUCCAGCCCCUCUAACAUCACACUGUGUCACACAGCCAUCACAUCCUCUCCCUUCUGUGCCCGUCCCAUGGAGAAUGCACGCCCUCCCAGAUAGGAUGCCUGCCCUGUCCGACGCUCUGCAUAUCCUCCUGCCCAUCACCACCUCCUCCUUCUCCUCGUGUGUACCUGCUAUCACCAACAGUUCCCUGCGGCCCCCGGGGCUCCGACCCGCAGCUCUCCAACAUGGUGGAUGAGGUAACCACCAUGAAGGAUGAUGUCAUCAACGCCAACACGCUGGCUUGGCUGGUCUGCUCAGGCGUGUCCAUCCUUGCCAACACGUGGAGCAUCCUCAGCGUCAGUGCCAAGCAGAAAAAGUGGAAACCACUGGAGUUCCUCAUUUGCACACUGGCAGGCACACACAUCCUCAACAUGGCCAUCCCCAUCACAAUGUACUGUGUGAUAACGCUGCGACGCCAGCACUCCAACUACGAGUGGAAUGAGGGGCUCUGCAAGGUGUUUGUCUCCACCUUCUACACUCUCACACUGGUCACAUGCUUCUCUGUAACCUCGCUCUCUUAUCACCGCAUGUGGAUGGUACGCUGGCCUGUGAACUACAGGUUGAGUAACACCAAGAAGCAGGCGGUGCACACAGUGAUGGGCAUCUGGAUGGUCUCCUUCAUCCUGUCCACACUUCCAGCAGUUGGUUGGCACGACACCAUUGAUCGCUUCUACACCUCUGACUGCCGAUUCAUUGUGACAGAGAUCGGGCUGGGUUUCGGUGUGUGCUUUCUGCUGCUGAUCGGGGGAAGUGUGGCCAUGGGUGUGAUCUGCAUCGGCAUUGCCCUCUUCCAGACCUUCUCUAUUCAGGCGGGACACAAAGCUGACAAGAACAAGUUCAAUGUCCCAACCAUAGUGGUGGAGGACGCUCAGGGGAAGCGCAGAUCAUCUAUUGAUGGAUCAGAGCCUCUCAAAACGUCACUGCAGAUCACCUACCUGAUCAGUGGUAUCGUUUUCAUCUACGACUUCCUGACUGGCUUCCCCAUAUUGGUGGUGAGCUUUGCCAGUCUAAAGUUCGACCGCUCCUACAACUGGAUGGUGUUGUGUGUGCUGUGGUGCUCCAUCGUCCAGUCCAUCCUGCUGCCAAUGUUCCUCUGGGCUUGUGACCGCUAUCGGGCCGACAUCCGCAUGGUGUGGGAGAAGUGUGUAGCUAUCAUGUCCAACGAUGAUGUGGAUGAGGAAGACAGCCAAGAUGGAGGAAUACAUGCCGACUUAUUAAAUGACAGACCAUAUGACUAUAGCUCGUCGCCUGAAAUCGUGACGGUAGACCGUAAUGCCAAGUAUGAGUUCUCAACCUUAGAAAGGGGGGUUCUGCAAGGGUAUCCAUUGAGGGAACAACAGGAAGAUAAAAUGCAGUAUUUGCAGGUGCCCCCUACAAGAAGAUACUCCCACGACGAAACCGACAUGUGGACCAGCGACCGGAUCCCCUCAUACCUACACAGAUGGGGCUCCACCGAGGACAUGAUAGUGAGUGCCCACUACAGCUCCACCUUGCCGCGCCACGAGAGGCGCAGGAGCAGCCUGGUCUCUUACCACGAGGAGACCCACCAUCAUCAUCAUCAUCAUCAUCAUCAUCACCCCCCACACCGCAAGCGGCGACGCUCUGAGGAUAGCAUGCACUCCCUCAAACACCUGCCGCGCGUGGUUUGUGGUGGGGAGCGCUACGAGGAUGAGCUGCGGUGUUUCAGCCGCGAUGAGGUGAUAAACUUUAUAGAUGAGACACCGCUGCCAAGUCCCAGGAAGAGCCCGCGGCGCACAUCCACCAUCUCACUUAUCCCCAAUGUGUAUGAACAGCCCACAGUCAUCCUUCCUUACUUCCCCCUCACAGACUUUGAGCAUGAGCCUCAAGCACUCAGGCGGCUCUCUGAACACAAAAGAAGCAGCAGUAGUCGGGGAAACACACCUGAGGGUACCCCCAAACCAGACAGACCUGACGGCAAAAAGAGCCCCGGGGCAUGCGGCUCCGCUAAAAGCUGCCAGGAGCGCUCACGAGACAGGAAACGGCAGUGUGAGGCGGGCACACCUGGAUGCAGCCGUCAGACUCUGGGGCAUUUUCCCUGCAGGCCCAGGACAGGUGGGGGGGCGGGGGCAGGUGCUGACUGGGGGAAUCAGAGGCACCAGAGCAAGGCGGAGGGCAAAGGAAGCACAAACAGUUUUGUAAGCACACCGUCGGCAUCCUCCUCGGGGUACAUGACCUUUCACUCUGACUCUGUUGGCUCUACCACAUAGAAGUUCAUAUCUUUUGUUAGUAUCAGCAGUAUGACUGAAGGUAUACUAACAGAAUCCUGGUGGUUACAGAAAAGUAACAUACUGGAUUAUUUGGCCUUUUUAAUUGUGCCAAUAUUUGAUUUGAGGUAUACCACAAAUUAAAUGUUA